AUUAGUUGCAAGUAGUAGUCGCGCAACACUGACGUGAUAUUGAGUUGGAUUCGUGGAUUUGUGUUUCGUAUGAGAUUAUCGUUCUUUUAACUUAUAACAUAUAAUUAAAUGUAAUAUUGUUAGUACUAAGCUUAACGUAUUUUAUUAAAUUUGAACAUUGAGAUUAUGCAUAUAAGCUGAUAUAGACAGUAAACAAACAUCGUGUAAUCACAGGAAGCAAUACAAAUGGAACAAAUACAAAAAAGUUGUUUCAUCUCGAAGUUGUUCGUCUGUACUGCCAUCGAUGGUAAAGAUGAUUUAGAAGAGCGCUUCGAUCGGGCACACACAAAUAUUCAGCAACAAAUAAAUGGCCUUAGCGACAAAGAAAUGCACGAUAUUCUCUCGCAAUUGGUAUGUAAGGAAAGGCAGCAUGAGGAAAUAUCCAUAGGAUUUUUGGGUAUAAUGUUAACUGAUCCACCUAAAGCACAGAAAACAUAUCGUGAUAUGACACUAAUAGCCCGUGAUGGAAUGAACGCGUUAGUCACACACUUAACAAUGUUGAUUGCGGAAAAAUAUUCAAAAUUAACUGAAGUUGCAAGGAGGCAAAUGAUUUGGUUACUUCGUGAACUAGUCAAACAUCAAGUACUAAAUAUUGAAAAUAUCAUAUGGAACUGUUUGCGUCAAGCUGGUGGUGGUGAUAAUUCUCCAAAGAAUUUAUUGUGGGUGGAAGGCUUGUUGGAUAUUUUUAUUGAUCAUCGUUCAUGGUUAGAAAGUCAACCGUUUCUUGUGCAAGCAGUAGCCUACACUUAUGUGCGAUUGAUUGAAGAUCAUUGCACGAAAGCCUUAAUAGUUCUUCGUCAAAAAGAGGUUAAAUUUGUUGUGUCCAUAAUACGUGAACGGUUUCAGGAUGUGAUACCAUUGGGAAGAGAUUUCGUAAGAUUAUUGCAAAAUGUAGCACGUGUGCCAGAAUUCGAGCAGUUAUGGCGCGAUAUACUCCACAAUCCAAAACGUUUACACCCGUCGUUUAAUGGCAUUUGGCAUCUAUUACAGAUCCGAACAAGUCGUCGCUUCUUGCAAAGUCGCCUUACACCGGAAAUCGAGCGUAAAUUACAUUUUCUAGCAUCUAAUGUUAAAUUUGGGAAUCAAAAACGUUAUCAAGAUUGGUUUCAAGAAAAGUACUUUUCAACACCUGAAUCACAUACGCUUCGUUCAGAUUUAAUCCGCUUUAUAAUUAAUGUAAUUCAUCCUUCAAAUGAUAUGUUAUGCUCAGACAUAAUUCCACGUUGGGCUAUUAUCGGUUGGCUUAUAUCUUCGUGUACGAAUCCAGUAGCAUUAGCAAAUGCUAAAUUAUCACUUUUUUAUGAUUGGCUCUUUUUCGAUCCGACUAAAGAUAAUAUUAUGAAUAUUGAGCCUGGCAUACUUGUGAUGUACCACUCAAUACGAAAUCAUCCAUUUGUUAGUACCACAUUAUUAGAUUUUUUAUGCCGUAUAACGAAAAAUUUUUUUAUUAAACAUGAAGACAAAAUUCGUACAGGUGUAUAUAACUCACUACACAAAAUACUUGAAAAACAGGUCAUUCCAAAUCUUCAACCUCUUUUUGAGUCACCAAAAAUCGAUCGUGAACUACGUAAUUUAAUUCGUGAGAACUUUCGGGAAUUCGUUACUCCCAACGCUUUGAAUGUUAAUCAACAGUCAGUUUACACAAUGCCGCCUUUGAAAAAGGAUAACACUGUGCAUGCCUUUAUACACCAGAGCAAUGUGUUCCAUAAUAAUAAUAACAGUAACAAUAAUAACAAUAAUAAUACUGUACCACCACAGCAAUUCUCGGAUGUACACGUACAAAACCACGUGCUGUCCAAUACAAAUUUAAGUGAAAGCGAAAGUACAGCCGUUGAUGCAGGUGGUGGCACCAGUACUAUCAAUAAUAAUGCCAAUAAUAAUAUUACAUAUAAUAACAACACCAAUAAUAGCAAUAACAUUAAUAACAGUAGUAAUAAUAUUGUAGGCAUAAGUGGGGGUGGUGCAAAUUCAAUAGUUGAUGACGACAGUAAGAUUUCAACAAUACCAGCAGAAUGUAAUGAUACGGAAAUUGAAGCAGCAUUCAGUGAUGAUGAGGAAGUUACGAAAGAGGGCAAAGGUGGAGAGAUCACAGACGAAGAUGAUGACUUACCUUUAUCGAAGGUACGAUUAAAGGAAAAACCAGCACCAGAAAAGGUUGAACUUCCUUCAUCGAUAAGUGAAUCAUUUGAAGGAUUUGUCGCAAAGAAAAGCUCUUAUAUGUUUGAGAGAUUUUUAGAGGAUUUUCACCCAUUACUAGCCUCUGCGCUGGAUGAAGUUCAAUUAAAUUAUGUGAUCUCGAAUACGCAUUUUAUAUUACGUGAUACAUUACCGCAGCAAAAUCUCUUUUCUGAAAGUAAGACCGAAGAAAAAAAUCUUGCCAAAAGUAUAAGCUAUCCACUUUUUGGCCUUUUUCGUUUUUUAUAUGAGAGCGAAGAAAAGAGUAAAAAACCGUUUCAAACAUUUUUGGCAGAAAUAUGUGAUCGAAUGUCGGAAACUGGGUACCUGCUUUUAUACUUUAUGAAAGUGUAUGUGAAAUUACAAACUCGUAAAAAUGUUCAACUUACGUAUCAGUUUAAGACGAGCGUAUACAGACAAUUGAGUGAUGCAACAGGACAAAAGAUCGAAAUAUGCCUUACCCGUGAUCUAGAUCUAUUAGAAAAAGAAAAUACAAACAUAUUUCUUUGGUUACUGCCAGACAUAUAUCGGGAAUUUAAAUCAUGUGCAAUUAAUAAUAGUGAAUUGCUUCUCAUCACACUACGAUGCAUUGAUGCCAAGAAUUUACGCGAUCUUAUGUAUUAUAUUGCCCAAGGUAAACUUACGUUAUUCAAGCAAGAGGGAUUAAUAGAUUGUAUACGAGAUAGCCUCUCAUAUGAAACUUUUGAACAGGUUUGCUUAUGGCAAUUGAUACAGGCUCAUGACGUGCCACUGAGCUAUUUACAGGCUAUUUUACCUGAAUUAGAAUCUUCAAGCCACCCAGAAGCACUAAGUUACAUGUUGUUGCUGUUGAAGAAUGAAGAACCCUCAACUGAAUUAAUUAGAUUGUUACUAAGCAGAGAAACAAAAUCCAGAGGUGAUCCAUUUGUAACGUCUGCCCUUAGAUUUUGGUGCCAACGUGGAGAGGAAAAAUUGUCUGAAAUUAUAGCAUCACUAUUGACGUCAAAAUAUCCCAGUUCAUCACCUAAUAAAAGAAAACGGCCACUUAAAAACACUGCAGCAGCUUUAACAAGUGCUCCUUCCGCCGAUCAAGUAUUAAGUCACUUGGAACAUUAUCGCCGCAGUUGCAGGCAUGGUACUGGUACAGGUCUUUAUAUAUAUGACACAAUGCAGCGUGCCCUACAAGCAGCAUACACCCACAGUAAUGAGAGCACAAAAAAGCAAUACAGUGACUUAUUUGCCUUAGCUGCAGAGGAUGACACUACUGCAGUAGGUCGACGAGGUGCAGGUGGGCGAGGACGCAAACAGCCUGUUAAUAAAAAAGAAACGAAUAACCAUACCGCUGCCAAUAAGAAAAAUUCAGAUCCUGUUAAAACAAUGUACUCAACAGAUGAGGAAUCGAGUGAGGAAGAUUGGUCUAAACAGAAGGCACCACAAGCAAAGAAACGUAAAAAAAUAAAUGACUCUGACUGACAGUAUGAAUCAUUAUGCUAUGAAGAUAAUGAUGAUCUGGAUAAAGAUUAUUUUGACUAAUAUCGUUUUUAAUGCAAAUAAAUAGAAAAAAAUAUAUAUAAAAAAGCGCAAAAAAAGAACAAAAAUGAAAAA